AUGUUUGCAGCAGAACCAAAGCCAGAAAUCUACCCAUGUUCGUUCUGCUCACGGAAUUUCUCCAAUCAGAACUUCCUUAAUCAUCACAUGAACACAAUUCAUCCCUCUUGGAUAGUCCCAGGAGCAUUGCCAAAAGAGCAAGCUUCAUCAGAGAACUCCUAUCCUCGUAAUCAGAACCAAUGUCAAAAACAUUCUAAUACUUAUAAUGACAAAACUAGAAAUGACAUACUUGAAAGUCAAAAGCACAAAGAAAGCUCCAUACCUUUAGAUAAAAAAAUUUCAAGAGCCUUAUCUAUAUUAUCUUACAGUCAAAUAGGGAGCUCUAAUAAACACGAGAUUUCAAAUGAGGAAAAAACUAAGACCUGGCAUACAUUAAAUCCAGAGGACACAGGUAAAGUAGGUCAAGGAUUAGGAAUAAUAAGAUUUUUAAGAGAUAAGAAUGGAGAGUGUGGGCAAGGCUUUAGUCAAAAGUCAAAACUUAUCACCCACCAGAAGACACACAAUGGAGAGAAGUCCCAUGUUUGUAGGGAAUGUGGGCGAGGCUUCAAUCUGAGGUCAAGUCUCAUCAUACACCAAAGGAUACACACAGGAGAGAAGCCCUAUGUUUGUAGGGAAUGUGGGCGAGGCUUUAGUCAGAGGUCACAUCUCAUCACACACCAAAGGAUACACACAGGAGAGAAGCCCCAUGUUUGUUGGGAAUGUGGGCGAAGCUUUAGUCAGAGGCCAAAUCUCAUCACACACCAAAGUAUACAUACAGGAGAGAAGCGCCACAUUUGUGGGGAGUGUGGUCGAGGCUUCACAAAUAGGUCAGGUCUCAUCCAACACCAGAGGACACAUACAGGGAAGAAGCCUCAUGUUUGUGGGGAGUGUGGGCGAGGCUUCAGAGUUAGCGCAGAUCUCGUCACACACCAGAGGACACAUACAGGGGAGAAACCCCAUGUUUGUAGGGAAUGUGGGCGAGGCUUUAGUCAGAGGUCAAGUCUCAUCAUACACCAAAGGAUACACACAGGAGAGAAGCCCCAUGUUUGUGGGGAGUGUGGGCGAGGCUUCACAAAUAGGUCAGGUCUCAUCACACACCAGAGGACACAUACAGGGGAGAAGCCCCAUAUUUGUAGGGAAUGUGGUCGAGGCUUCAGUCAGAGGUCAAGUCUCAUCACACACCAAAGGAUACACACAGGAGAGAAGCCCCAUGUUUGUGGGGAGUGUGGUCGAGGCUUCACAGAUAGGUCAGGUCUCACCAGACACCAGAGGACACAUACAGGGGAGAAGCCCUAUGUUUGUAGGGAAUGUGGGCGAGGCUUCAUUCAGAGGUUAUAUCUCAUCACACACCAAAGGAUACACACAGGAGAGAAGCCUCAUGUUUGUGGGGAAUGUGGCCGAGGCUUCACAGAUAGGUCAGGUCUCAUCAAACACCAGAGGACACAUACAGGAGAGAAGCCCCAUGUUUGCAGGGCUUCAUGUUGGCGAGGCUUCAGAGAUACAUCAGGUCUUAUCUAACACCACAGGACACAUACAGGAGAGAAGCCCCAUGUUUGUGGGGAGUUUGGGCGAGGCUUCAGAGAUAGUCAGACCUUGAGCAAGAUACACCGAUCAGCAGCCCUUGCUGCUUGGACCAAUAAGUUCAGAGGUCUCCGUGCGUGCUGGGGUUUCUGGAGGGAAGAUUUUCUUUCCAAAGUCCCUGGCCCUGAUUCCUACCUCCUGCUCUUAGCACCCAGAAGCUGA